AUGGCCUUCCACUUCUUCUCUAACAUCUUCUCCAUAUACCUCAUCCUGAUCUCGGCCUUCUUCAUCACCAUUAGUGCAAAGUUCUCCGAGCAAUUUGCUCAAAUGGAAGCAAUGCCUAGUGUUAACAAGAUGACUCACCUUCAUUUCUAUUUUCAUGACAUCAUUGGUGGCAAAAACCCUUCGGUUUAUUAUAUUUUCAGAGGGAAAAAUAAUGUUGGAACGACUGCCAUGAUCGAUGAUCCGUUGACAGAAGGAACAGAACAUGGAUCGAAGAUUGUGGGAAGGGCUCAGGGAAUGUAUUCAUUUCCCACGAAAACUGAACCUGCACUCCUUAUGGUUAUAAAUUUUUCUUUUCUUGAGGGAAUUUAUAAUGGAAGUACUAUUAGCAUUCUUGGUCGAAAUCCAGUUCUCCAGAAGGUUAGAGAAAUGCCAAUUGUUGGAGGCACCGGAAUGUUUAGGUUCUCCCACGGAUAUGCUCUGGCUAAGACAGCUCAUUUUAACCCGAAGAAUGGAGAUGCUGUCGUUGAGUAUGAUGUUUAUGUAAUGCAUUUCUAA